AUGCCGAAGACGCUGUCGGAUCACACGCCCAUCAAGUACGUCGGCCUCACUACACCCACUUCGGCGCGCGCCAAUCCUGCCUUCAAAGAGCGUAACGAAACCGAAAUACCAAGGACAAUCGGAGGGGCGACCGUGGAGUUCGCUAACGGUGCAUCUGUUUUUAAGAUCUCUUUGACUUCGGACUUCUCCGCCGUGCUCGCAUCUGACCUAUCUCCACAUACAUCUGUACAAGAGCUAGUCGACCUCUUGAUCGGCAGAGGCUUUCCCCAGGUAACGCACGAUUGUGUUCGCCUCAAACACAUCCCUGAGAAGCUCCAUAAGGCAGCUCUGAUCAAAGUCCGUGAUCCAGACUUUGCCAACAAGCUUCUCCAGUGUCUUCAGGAUACUCCGGUCCGUCUUCGGGAAAUGGAAGUUCGCGUGUCGAAAAUGCAAAUUGCAGGAGAGACAGUAUCCGGAAUGAAUCGACUUCAGCUCACCAGCGUAACAUGUUCAUGGUUCAAUCCUUCGAAGGUGGCUUAUCUCGAAUAUGACGCGGAUUGGAAAGCGAAGCGGGCGCUCGAACGCAUCGGUCGCCCGGGUUCGAAUGAGUUCCAGGGCCGGAAGCUCGAUGUCACGUAUCAACCAGCUCGGUCCUUGCAAGUAGGCAAUCUAGACCUGGACACGAACGAAGCGGGACUUCGACGAUUCCUUCCUUAUCCACCGCCCACUAAGGUGACUUGGGGACCUCAAUCUCACAAACUCACUGCGAAACAGCUAGAAGAAAGAGCUAUCACGCAACUUCAAUCGCACGGUACUCUCAUCGAAGAGUGUACUGCUUAUCCCCAGAAGGGAGGAAGUAGAACGAAGAUCAUCGCCAAGUUUAGCGAAGCAGAGGCAGCACGAAAUGCGGUCAAGAAGAUGCACGAAACUUGUCUCGAUCCCAGCUCGAAUGAUAAGAUGCAGGUCACUCCUCUGGUAUCCAUCAAAUUGUCGGUCUCCUCUCGAAUCCUAGCAGCCAUUCGAUCACAGCUUGACCCUCUAGUCGACCAUACAUGGCGAACAGAUUACGUGCAGAUCAAGAGCUACAAAACUCUGGGCAAACAAUACACCCAAGUCCGCAUCUUUGGGCAGUCCAGAGAACCAGUUGCUAAGGCCAAGUCGGCCGUGGAGAAGCUCCUUACCGGUCAGAUCGCCACCGACGGACAUGGCCCGAUCACAGACCCGUUCUACUUCAGACCUUCAACAAAGAGCUUUCUGAACGAUCUAGGAGCCUCACAUGGGUUCUUCGAUUAUACGGAGAUCACGAGGGUAUCGAACGAGUCGAAAGCGCUCCGGUGGCUACAUGUGCAGAAUUGA